AUGGCGACCAAUGGCGUAUCUAACGGUCCAGACUACAACUCCGAAAGCGAGUCUGAAAGGGCUCAGGAGACGGCCCGUCUGAAAGCCCUACUGAAAGAUUGGGAGACUGCAAGCGCUGGCUCUCGAUCCCUUCCAGCCACCCCCAAGAAGAGGCCGCCCGUCCCUCCAGGCGUCGUGGGAGUGAGAUCCGCAGAUUCCGCGGCUAGAGAGGUACCCCUGCCUCCCAUGCCGCCCAUGCCGCCUAUGCCGCCUAGAAUGCCCCCCGACAGAGUUUACGUAUCACAGAUUCCUCCAAGUGUCAUCCAUCAAUCAUACGGAGUGCAGCCUCAGUACCGCCAAGUGACCUACAAUAACCCCAACUACGUAACCCAGAGCCCUUCGCACCAAAUGACCUACCCUUCAGCUAUGCAGUACCAAGCUAUUAGUCCCAUGUACGCCAACCAGCCGGCGUACCAACCUCCGCCAGUCAGGCAGUAUCCGAAUUAUGCGCAGCACGCAAGUCCCAUUAAGACUUACAUGAAUAAUUCGGCAAACCAUAUACCGUAUGACCAGCCGGUAGCCUAUUCACCUACACACAGAUUAUACGGAGUACCAAUUGGGGCUCAGCCGGUCGUUGGAGGUCAAGCUGGUAUGGUCAAGGAGAAGCCUACUGAUAUGGGAUACAAACCCUCCUACACCAACGGCGAACUCCUCCAACAGCACAUGUACAGCCAACAGUACCAGCAGUAUAAGGAAGCACGGGAGCAAGUGCUGGCUCAGAACCAGCAGCAUCCAGUCGUAUACAGAGGACCACCGAAGAAUUAUCAGAGUAGUGUUACGAUUCCAAUAGUAGUGAAAAGUGGGCAGCAAAGCGACGCGAACAUGUUACAUAGAAAACAGUAUGAACUGACGUGA